AUGAGUUCUGGUGGUACUCGCGUGUAUGUCGGCGGAUUAGUGGAAGGCAUCAAGAAGGAAGACCUCGAGAGAGAAUUUGAUAAAUACGGGAAACUAAACUCGGUUUGGGUGGCUCUCAACCCUCCCGGUUUUGCCUUCAUAGAAUUUGAAAACUUGCAGGAGGCUGAGGAUGCGUGUAGCGCGAUGAACGGAUUCGAGAUGUUAGGCGCGACCCUAAAAGUAGAGAUCUCUAGGAAGCGGGAUGGACCCCGCAGGGGCGGCGGCUUCCGAGGUGGACGUGGAGGCAACUUCAGAGGCCGUGGCUUCGGAGGCCCGCCCGGAGGUGGCAACCGAUCCUUCAACUCGUACGGCGGAGGCCGUCCCUACAAUCGCAACAACCAGCGCGAUGAGUAUGGCUCCGGCGGCGGCAACUUCAGAUCUAGGUCGCCAUUGUCUCGAUAUUAA